GUUGUUUUAUCAUCGGAGCGACAGGCGGCAGACGUUUCAAACGCCGUCAUACAAUGGCAGUGACGAUGGCGCAGCGCAACACUGCCAGUGUGAUACCGCUAAGCUUCUCCGCGUCUAAUGUUCGGCCCUCAACGUCCUCAACAGUCCUUCCUUCUUUGUCCGGCUCGCUAAAUUCUCCGGAUGUCGAGAGCGGGAACGGCGCGCAACAGCCACCCCAGUUCACGCGCACGCGUCGCGUCCUCAACGCCAUCCAGGUUGAAGGAGAGCCCUCAUGGAAGCAAUCAUAUCGCUACUUUCUCCUUGGGUCUUGGUUCAAUGUUCUCCUCGUCUUCGUCCCGCUUUGCUUUGUCUCACAUAACCUCGGCUGGAAUGUUGGGCUGCGAUUCUCUUUCAGUUUCCUCGCCAUAGUGCCGCUUGCCAAGCUCCUCGGGGAAGCCACGGAUCAACUGUCUGUCAAGGUCGGCGGAACCCUUUCCGGCCUUUUGAACGCGUCGUUUGGAAAUGCGGUAGAGAUCAUCGUCGGAAUCACGGCUCUCCUCGAUGGUCAACUUCGCAUUGUGCAGACAUCUAUGCUAGGGUCGAUUCUAUCGGAUAUCCUCCUUGUCCUUGGGCUUUCUUUCCUCGCCGGAGGCCUGAAAUAUCAUGAAUGCAACUUCCAGGCUGAAGGCGCUCAGGCCUCGACAUCUUUGAUGACUCUGGCCUGCAUAACCCUGGUGGUCCCCGCCGCGUACGCCAGCUUCUCCGCCAACAGCCAGAACGCUGCCAGCCAAUGCAAUGUCUCCGCCAGUAUUGGCGGCUGCCCUUCUCCCGGCCUGUUGACUAUCUCACGCGGGACCGCCGUUCUCCUGCUCGCCGUCUACGCUGCUCACUUGUUCUUUCAGCUCAAGACGCACAAGGAGUUUUUCUUAGAUGAGGAUGAAGAGGAAGAGCCCGCCAAGAUGAAUGCGCUAUCAGCGAUAGUUGGUCUAAUGCUCGUCACCGCUGUCACCGCAUUCUGUGCAGAAUACCUGGUCGCAUCCAUUGAAGAGUUUGCUGAGCGGUACCACAUCCCCGAGACGUUCAUCGGUCUCAUCUUGCUCCCUCUCGCCAGCAACGCCCCCGAGCACGUCACAUCCAUCUGGAUGGCGAUGAAGAAUAAGUUUGAGCUCACCAUAGCCAUCUGUAUCGGAAGCUCCAUACAAAUUGCGACUUUUGUUAUCCCACUUUUGGUCAUUGUAGGCUGGGCCUCAGGCCACGAGCUCACGCUCUUCUUUGCUAACUUCGAGACCGUCAUCAUCUUCGUCUCAGUCUUCCUAGUCACUCUCCUCAUCAUGGAUGGCAAGUCCAACUACAUGGAGGGCCUCAUGCUUGUCACGCUGUACGCAGUGAUUGCCCUUGCCGUCUGGGUAUACCAGUGA